AUGGGUGUCGAAAUUCACGAGUCUGUCCUUGCCAGCACGGUCAACAUGGCCGACAUCAAGGCCCAGGCCGUUGUUAGCGAGCUGAGCGAGCCAGAAACUACCCUCAAGCCUCCUGUCGCCGACAACUUUAUGUAUGACUUCAAGUACAAUCACACUCUUCCCACUUCCGACGCUCUGGGGAUUGAAGUACCUACCGACUGCAAUGCUCAAAAGGAGGCCGAGUCCAUCCUGGAGCGCCUCUCAAAGACCAUGGGAGCUGGAGACGCCCAGGCAUUCACUGAUAUGUUCCUGGAGUAUGGUGUUUGGCGCGACAAAUUGUCCUUCACUUGGGACUAUCGCACAUUCAAUUUCCAAACAGCAAUCCUGAAAGCUGCCACCGAUCUUUUUCCUAAAACAAAGGCCACUAAUUUCAAAUUCCUUAUGCCCGCCCCCACCGUUGCCCGUCCCUACCCUGACUUUGCCCAACUGCAAUUCGUUGUGUCCUUUGAGACCGAGCUCGUUGCUGCUUCGGCUGUGAUCAACUCGGUCCUCACCAAAGAGGGCUGGAAGAUCUACACUAUGCACACCGUGGCCGAGAAACUUAAGCAGUUCCCCGAAAUUCCUCCUGCCGACGGGCACAUGAACGGUCUUGUCAGCUGGCAGACGCAGAGGGCCAAGGAAAUUGACGCUGCCAAACCCGAAAUCCUGAUUAUUGGUGGUGGCCAGAACGGCCUCGCGCUGGCAGCCCGAUGCAAGGCACUCGGCAUGGAAAGCCUUAUCAUCGAGCGCAGCGAAGAGGUUGGUGAUGUUUGGAAGAAGCGUUACGAGUAUCUAUCACUUCACUUCCCCCACUGGGCCGAUGACCUGCCUUACUUCGCCUACCCCAAACACUGGCCCACAUAUACCCCUGCUUAUAAGCAGGGUAUGUACAUGGAGUGGUACGCCUCAGCUCUGGAGCUGAAGGUCUGGACCAAAUCGGAAGUCGUCAAAGCCGAGCAAGAUGACAAGACCAACUGGACCAUAGUUAUCAACAAGGAGGGCAAGGAAGCCCGAACACUACAUCCCAAGCAGGUCGUCAUGGCCACCUCUCUCUGCGGUGUUCCUAUGACCCCGACCAUUCCCGGCAUGGCUGAUUUCAAGGGCGUCAUUCGUCACUCGAGCGCUCAUGACAGCUCUCGUGAUUUCGUGGGCAAGAAGGUCUGUGUGGUUGGCACUUCAUCCUCCGGCUUCGACACUGCAUUUGACUGCUCGCGCCGCGGCAUCGAUGUUACACUGCUCCAGCGUUCGCCGACCUACGUCAUGUCUCUCACCCACUCCGUUCCUCGCAUGAUCGCCAGCUAUGGACCCGAUGCCGACGGCUACCGGCCUAGCCACGAGGAGCAGGAUCGCUUUUUCUUUGCUACCCCUGUUGGCCCUGGGGAGGAGCUUGCUAGGCGUAACGCCAAGGUCCUUGAGGACCUUGACCGGCCCCUUCUUGAUGCGCUCAAUGCUCGCGGUCUCCGGACAUGGCGCGGCCAGCGUGGUACUGGCGGUGCAACACUGGGUCAGACCCGUAAUGGUGGCUUCUAUUUCGAUGCAGGUGCUUGCGAGCACAUCAUCGACGGCAAGAUCAAAGUGGAAUCAGGGUACAUCGAGAACUUUACGGAGGACAAGGCGAUUCUCAACGGCGGCCGUGAGCGCGAGUUCGACCUGAUUGUCUUCGCCACCGGCUUCUCCAACACUGUUGACUCAGUUCGUGCCACUCUUGGCGACAAAAUUGCCGACCAGUGCGGUCCAAUUUGGGGCAUCGAUGAGGAGGGUGAGUUCAAGACUGUUUACCGGGAGACGGGGGUACCCAACCUUUGGAUCAUGGCCGGCUACCUUCCGUACACCCGCUUCCAUUCUAAAUUGCUUGCUAUGCGGAUGAAGGCUUUGAAUGAGGGUAUUGCUCUUGCUCCUUAUAAAGUGCAGAUAUUUUAG